CUUUUCUUACUGCGGCAAUCACCACCAGAGGUACAUUUGUAUCACACUUCGGGCGGCACUGCCACAGAUUCCGCGAUAUCCAUCGACUCAAUCCAAUCAUUUUGUACUUUCGAGCGAAUCCGACACCCUCAUCAUUGCAAUGGGCUGGUUGUGGUCUUCGAAAACGCCUGCGGACACCGCAUCUCCAUCCACAUCGCCCACGACACAACCAACGCCUCCCUCAAUACCACAAUCAACCGAAUUUAAAACCGCAACAACCUCAGACCGCGACUUCCAAGCCGCAUUCCCACACCUAGCGCCCACCUCCUCAACCUCCUCAACCACAACAACCGCCAGCACGCCUCAAUCCUCCUCCUCCUCAUCCCCGUCCUCUUCCACCACGACCACCACCACCACCGAAACCUCCUCCUCCGACGAUGAUUACCCCACCACAAUGUCGUGCCGCGCCGCCUUCGACAGCGCCUUCUACUGCGCAUCCCUCGGCGGCCACUUCAACGACAUCUACCGCUACGGCGAGCUGCGCUCGUGCUCGGAGCACUGGGCCGACUGGCGCUUCUGCAUGGGACUCAAGACGCGAACGAAAGCGGAUAAGGAGGCGCUGAUUCGGGAGCGUUAUAGGAUGAAGGAGGAGAAGUUGAGGAGUGGACCGAACAGUGAGAGGGUGUGGGAGAGGAGGGAGAGGGGGGAGAGGUAUUUUGGGGCUUUUAAGCCGCCGGCGUGAUGGAUGAUGGGUCUGGUGGGAGGAUGGGGAAGGGAUUUUCAAGGAAGCGGGAAAAACCUAGGAGGACGAACUAGAGCUGGAUGGCUGAGAGUCGACUGAUGUGGAGGCUUGUUUCGUUUUGUCCCCGCUAUAUAGGAUACCCAGUGUCUUUGUGUGAUCAAAUAUGUAACCGUUACUGUUGAGCCUAGGGACUUUUAUAAACUCCACUCUCACGGUAAAAUAUAACUGAUGAUGAGAAGGACUCCAUAGGAAUUGGUCUAUAUAUGGAUAAGAGCACCUGAUUGCGAGAGGAUGCGACACCCUGCCUCAUUCCUCCUGGAGGAAACAGAAAACGGAAAACGUGACAAAAUAGCAUUGUCGUGCCUACAUUUCCGUCUUAACAAGCUUACAGUGAGGAAGAUCUGAGCUGUCUUUACUUAUGCAAUUAGACCGAAUC